AGUUUCAAAGCAGAACUCUACACAUUUCAAGGAUUUGUUUUUCAUAUUUACCUAUCAUUUUAAGCAUAAUUUACUACAAUGCCUGCACGAAAGCGUUCUAACCAGGCAGCAAAGUCAAAAGCACAGGACUCAGAAGUUGGCGGAAAGAAAAAGAAGCUAGACAAACCAGGGAUGCAAGUGGAAAAGUUGGACUUCAACCUGAYGGUGCAAAACACAGACCAACUGUAAUUCUAACAUCUAAUGAAGAUCCAAUCAUCAAGAUAGCAUCUGGCAAUGAUCACACUGCUGCACUCUCAAAGAAUGGUGACCUGUUAACGUGGGGAUGUGCUGAACAAGGGCAGCUAGGCAGAGUAAAGGAGUGUUUCGCUAGCCGUGGUGGCCGCAGAGGUCUUGAGUACAUAUUGAUUCCCAAGAAAGUUCGACUUAGAAAGGCUCUCAAAUUCAAAGAUGUUUUCUGUGGAAGCUAUGCUACUUUUGCAGUUGAUGAAUCCAAUGUUGUUUAUGCAUGGGGCUUGAAUAACUACGGUCAACUUGGCACUGGGGACGUUGAAAAUGGAUACCUUCCCACAAGAGCUGACUCUCUUAGUGAUCUUGUAGUUGACGUUGAUAACAAUCACAUUGAAAUCGCAAAUGGCCARCACCAUACUCUUUUUUUAAACAACACAGGAAAAGUAUAUUCUCUUGGAAGAGCAGAUUAUGGUAGGCUAGGCAUUGGUGAAGGUGUCAAGGAGUCCUCAAAGCCAGUCCAUGUUUCRUCACUUGAUGGUGAAGUCAUCUCGAAAAUUGCCUGUGGUGAAGUUGUUAGUUUUGCAGUGUCUGAAAAGGGUGAUGUGUACUCAUGGGGAAUGGGAAAUUGUCUACAGCUGGGUACUGGAGAAGAAGAUGAUGUCCAUUUGCCGACGAAAGUACAAGGAAAGUCUCUGCAGUCCGAUACGCACAAAGUUCUUGGAGUCUCKGCAGGUGGCCAGCAUACGGCUCUUCUUGUUCAGGAAAGAGAAGAUGGAAGCUAGUACUGUCCAGCACAGGAAAAUGAACUUUAGAAUAAAAGAUUAAGACAAGUCGAAUAACAAAGUAGUGAAGGCUGCAAUGCCGACCUGUUUCAGUGCCAGUAAUGUGACCAGUUCAUAAUAUUUUUGAACAUUCUCGUAUCCCAAUCCUUCUCAGUGUUCCCACAGAAAAUCGAAGGCUCUGUUUAGAGUUAAUGCCAGAAUACCAAGUAUCUUAGUUGAACAAUAUAUGCAUACUAAUGGCACUUGGGAAUUUUGAACCCAAUCAAUCAAAGACUCAUUGGAGUCCAACCAGAGCCUUUGAUUUUCUGUUGGGAAAACUGAAAGGGGUCUGGGUAAGAGAAUGAUUUUCCAGGAAAUUGAAUUUGUUGCCAAAUCAAAGACAUUGUUCCUCUUUUUCAAAGAGUACAAUAGUAAACUUUACAAUCCUGGAAUAUCUGUAUGAGCACAAUUUUUGAGAAUUACACCUAGGAAGUACUUCCAAAGUAAUUUAUUUUUUAUCCUUAUUUUCUUUUGAUGUAACAAGUGAAAAACAAAUUAAUAUUGUUUGGCUAAAUGUAAUUGUUAUCGAUUCUAUCUGAAAGUGAUAAUUAUCAAUUUUUUAAACCAUAAGUUUUAGUUAUUUUGUCCAGAAUAAUAAGUGUACAUUAAACCAUCAAUAGACCUUUCAGGUCUAAUUGUCAUUUUUGAUAUUCUGUAACUUGUUAUUCACUUGCAUUAUUCUAGCUGAAUAAUGGUCAAGUACAACAGAAGUGAAGGCAAGGCCCUUGUAAAACAAAAGGGCUACAAUCCCUUCUWAACACAGAGCCUUGGCUUCAAUAUUCUAUAGUCAACCAAAGUAUCAAAAACAACUCAACAAAGCCUUUAGAAAUCAUUCAUUGCAAGGUACAGUUAACUAUAGGAUAUCUAUUAUUUUUCAAUUURGAAUCACAGAUAGAAAUAAAACAAUAUCCCUACCAUGCAACCUUGCUUAAAGAAUCACAACCAACCACUGUAUCUUGCUAGCCGAAGCACUAUUUUAGGUAAACAAAAAAAUGGCAGAUCUGCAUUCCUUAAAGUGAGCUUAAAUCUUCUUUCACUCCUUUCAGUUUGGACACAAAUACCUUAAACUAAGUACUUCACAGGAACUAUCAAUCUAUAAUCUAUUGYAUGUUGACACAUUUAAAYGUGUGUAAACAGUAACAUUAGUGUGUCUUGUAUUGUGGUUGAUUGGGAUUCUUUAAAAGUCCCAAACAAGAAGACAUAAAUAAUUUUGAAUAUUGUAUCCAUGUACACAUACUUGUAUCUACACUUGUCAGACAAGUUUAUUAUAAUUAUGUAAAAAGAACUAUAAUUUGAUAUCCUUUUUUAUGUAAAAUAAUUCUGUAACAUGCCUAAACGGCUUAAUUCUUGCUUUCCAAGGGCUAGAAAUAAACUGAAAAUCACCUGAAAA